AUGGCGCUUUUAUUUCUUAAACAGAAGCUUUUUCCGACCAAAGGAAAACAACCCCGACCAGAUACAUAUGGCAAGCCUCUUUUAUCAGCAAGCGAUUCCGACACCCUAGACAGCGAUAUGGAUCAAGAUAUCGAAGCUCAACGAUCAUAUCGUACUUUUCACACGCCUCGAGCCGACUCCGACUCCGUUUCAUCGGGUUCCUCUACCCCCCGAUCACGUAUCAACCCUCGAAUCAUCUCGGAUGCCAUCCUGGGUCUGUCCGAUGGCCUCACUGUCCCCUUUGCGUUGAGCGCUGGUCUCUCUGCGCUGGGAAACACCAAAGUCGUCGUGCUAGGUGGACUCGCCGAGCUGGCAGCUGGAGCCAUCUCCAUGGGUUUGGGUGGAUACGUCGGAGCCAAGAGUGAGGCAGAAUCAUAUCAAACGACUGUUCGCGAAACAAAAGAACUCAUUGAGACCUCACCCGCCGAGACCAGCACCAUCGUUCGUGAUACAUUCUCCGCUUAUGAUUUACCAGAAGCCGCCAUCUCGCAGAUCAACGCCUCACUGCAUGCAUCGCACGAUCGUCUCCUUGACUUCCUCAUCUCGUUCCAUCACAAGGAGACCCAGCCUGAUUGUAACCAGGCUUGGAUCUCAGCCAUCACACUCGCCCUGGGGUAUUUCGUGGGAGGGUUCAUCCCGCUCAUACCUUACUUCAUGGUCGACCAGGUCAUCGUGGCGCUAUACUGGAGUAUUGGCGUUAUGGCAGUCACGCUUUUUGCGUUUGGGUAUAUCAAAACCUCCGUCGUUCGGGGUUGGAGCGGCAGGGACAACAUCAUCGCGGGUAUCAAGGGUGGUGUGCAGAUGUGCUUUGUCGGAGGCGUAGCGGCUGGGGCUGCUAUUGCGCUUGUGCGCUUGAUCGACCAUGGUUCUGCUUGA